AAAUAAAAAGAAAGCAAAGCAGAGGAGAAGUAGAAGAAGAAUCAACCACCUAUCCAAAUUCCAAAGCGCUCUCUUCUCUCUCUCCUUUUUCCAACCUCAGCCUCCUCUCUGUAAAGCUACUCCCACAUGCUCCUCUCACUCUCUUUUGGGAGGCUAAGUCACAGGUUUAAGUCCCAAUACUGUUGCCUCUGAUAAGGUCUAAAGCCCUACCAUCACUCCAUCCAUAUGUCUAUUUGUCUACUUUCAACGCUUUCUUUGUAUACAACUGCAGUGUCAUGAAGAACAACUGGGCUACGUUGUUCCAGAGCUUCUACUUCUGGAGUGUGCUUUAAUACGUGAAAAGAAAGAGAAAUGGGAGAACAGAGUGGUUGGAGUUGGCCACCAACUGGGGCUCCGGCGAACGUGCAGAGAGAGGAGCACUGGAGGCAUUUUGACAACUCUGUCAAUGCGGUGUCAUUUGGGUUCGUUGCCACUGCCAUUCUCAUCUCCAUGUUCCUUGUCAUGGCUAUCUUUGAGAGGUUUCUCAGACCCACGCCACCUUCUCUAUCGCCGGCCACCGGCAGGGACCGCGGGGAUGUCGAGUCCCAGAUGGGGUUCAAUGGGAAGCUUGGUCACCCAUCACCUAAAAUGACUGUGUAUGCAAGGGGAGUUUCAGUGUUGAUGCCUGGAGAAGAUAUCCCGACAUUCAUUGCACAUCCAGCUCCUGUGCCUUGUCCACCAGAUCGCAUCCCAUGGCCUCUCAAAGAACAUAAUUCAACUGCCAAUCCCUCCUCAAACUCCAACAAUAUUGCAGACACGACGAACCAAGCUUCAACAUGAUAACACUGAAUACCAGAAACAUCUGCUUUUCACAUCAUCAUUCUCUGCUGAUGAGAUAAAGUUCUACUCUACUUGGUUGAAGGUGCACGAGCAAAUAUGUAAAGUUUGAACUUGAGGUCAAACCUGCCUGGAAGCUUCAUGUUCUCUGUGUAAAUAGGAUUUAGUUGCUUACAGUGGGUUGGCUGGUUUAGUAUAUCCUUCCUAAUCAGAUCUGAAGCAUCUGUAGGCACAGGCCUAUUUUACAUGUCCAUGUUUUUCCAUAUUUUUCAGAUUUUCCAAAUGUAAUUUGAUUGGAUUGCAUAUCAAAUGGGUGAGUCUCCAUGUACCAAAGGAGGGAAAAAAAAGGGGGGAAAGUAAGAGGCUACUAUUACGUAUUAAAAGGGCAGGCUGAGGGAGUAUUUUUCAGUUUUCACAAGUAUGUGCAAAGUAUCCAUUUGUGAUAUUUGAGAAUCCAUUCUUCUUUAA